ACUCUAUAUUACACCUGUAACGACGAUUCGAUUUAGUGCAAAACUCGCGCACUUACUUCAUUAGUCCUACUUAUAUAAGAAGCGGACGCGAGUCGCGACGCGCUCAUACUUUUCUUUUGUUUUCAUCGUUACGGUCGUUCCGUCGUGGGCCGUCUCUCAAAGUGCGCGAAAAGUUUAGAAUUUGUUUCUUUUGGACGCGAGAACAAAAAAAAAAUUAUAUAAAAUAAUAAACACAAAAUACUUUCUCACCCUCAACACACCCUGCAUGCAUUUGUUUGAUUCGAGAUGACGGAAAAGGAGAAGAACGAUAAAAAUGAUUCCAAGUAUCCGUCGACGUUCACCGUCGACUGUUUCAGCUCGACGACGAAACUGCCGAUCGGAAGCGUGGAGACCAUCAACGAGAAGGAGUACAAUCCGUUCGAUCAUCGCGUCGGAGAACACCAAAACUCAUCGGUGGGUGCGCUCGUCCAUCUGGUGAAGAGUUCGCUUGGAUCUGGGAUCCUGGCGAUGCCGCACGCCUUCCUCAGCGGCGGUGCGAUCUUCUCGUUCGUCGGGACGAUCAUCAUCGGUAUUCUCUGCACGCACUGCGUCCACAUCUUGGUGAAGGCUUCGCACGAGAUGAGCAGAAGGAAGAAGGUGCCGUCUUUGGCGUUCGCGGAAACCGCCGAGGCCGUCUUCGAGUAUGGACCGGAGAAGAUCCGCAAGUUCUCGCAUACCGCAAAAGUUGCCGUCAAUAUAGGACUGGUCGUCACGUAUUUCCUAGGUAACAGCGUCUACAUCGUCCUCAUCGCAUCGUCCCUCAGUGAGGUGGUAACGUAUCACAAUGGUGGUGUGGAGCUGAUGGAUAAGAGGCUGUACAUGCUUAUCAUUCUGGUGCCCAUAAUAUUGACCAGUCAGUUCAGGCAGCUGCGGCAUUUGGUGCCGUUCUCGCUUCUGGCCAACAUCUGCAUGAUAGUCUCCUUCAUCAUCACUCUCUACUUCAUCUUCGAAGGUUUCGAGGUGAGCAAGGACGUGGAGUUUCUGGGCAGCAUCGACACCAUCCCGUCAUUCUUCAGCACGGUCAUCUUCGCAAUGGAGGGCAUCGGCGUAGUUAUGCCGGUGGAGAACAGCAUGGACAAGCCGCAACAGUUCCUCGGUUGCCCAGGCGUCCUGAACAUUGCCAUGUCUCUAGUCGUAUCGCUGUACGCCAUCAUUGGCCUCUUCGGCUAUCUCAAAUACGGUGGCAUCACCUCCACGAACAUCACCUCCGUCCUACCGAACACACCUCUCGGAGACACGGCCAAACUGUGCAUCGCCAUCUCCGUGUUCUUCACCUUCUCGCUGCAGUUCCACGUACCGAUGGAGAUCACCUGGCAGAAGGUGUGCGAGCCCUACAUCCCGAAGAAGUUCCACAACCUCGGACAAGUGGCAGUUCGCAGUUUGGUCUGUGCGGUGAUCUGCUGCAUCGCAAUUGGUGUACCGGAACUUGAUCCGAUCAUCAGUUUGGUCGGCGCCAUCUGUCUGUCGACCUUGGGAAUCCUGGUGCCCGCCUUCGUCGAGACGGUCCUGCGCUGGGAGGGCAGACUGGGCCUUCUCAAGUGGGUUCUCAUCAAGAACAUCUUCCUGAUGUGCUUCUCCCUGUUCGCCCUCUGCGCCGGAACCUAUUACGCCAUCCUGAAGAUCAUCGAACUCUACUAAACAAGGAAACAAAUAAUCCGAUUAUUUUUUUUCGAAUCGCCCUGUACAUAUAUAUACAUACAUACAAACAAGAAACAAACAAACAACGUAACAAAAACAUUUGGGCUAAGCGAAACACAAAACGCAUUGUAAAUAGACAAACAAUGAAAUGUUUAUGUUGCAAAGCAUUCGGCCAUCAUCGGAACAAAACAUAAACAUUAUGAAUGUACAAAAAAAAA